CACAGAUAUUAAGGAAAAUCGAGACCUGGACAACCCCUGCUCCAAAGGGAGAGUUGAAGCUAAAGCUGUACAACUCCCCAACAGGAGUGCCGGGUGUGGAAGGAAACGUCCCCUAGAAGAGGGCAARGGCCACACACAUUCCAGGUACAGGCCUAAGAAACGCAAGAAAGUCCCUGGACCCAUUCUGCCCAAGAAUGCACUCAUGCAGCUGAAUGAGAUCAAACCAGGGCUGCAGUACAAACUACUCUCCCAGACCGGACCGGUCCAUGCACCRGUUUUUGAGAUGACUGUGGAAGUCAACGGGCAGCUCUUCAACGGCUCGGGUCCUACCAAGAAGAAGGCUAAGCUGAACGCAGCAGAGAAGGCUCUGRGUUCCUUUGUUCAGUUCCCCAAUGCCUCUGAAGCCCACAUGGCCAUGGGUCGCACUCUGUCUGUUCACACGGACUUCACUUCAGACCACGCAGACUUUSCGGACGUCCUCUUUAAUGCCUUUGAGGGAUCUGUGCCUUUAAAUGACCCAUUUUUCCUGGCCUCCAACAGUAAGAGGUCCUUUGCAUCAAUGGCAAUAAGUUAUCCAUUGCUACCCUCCCCUAUCCCCAACCUGAUCAAGUCUCCCCUGACCCCGGCACCAUCUAGUUCCACCUCCCCAACAAUCAGCAGAAACCCUGUGAUGAUCCUCAAUGAGAUGCGACCAGGCCUCAAAUAUACGUUUGUGUCAGAGAGCGGGGAGAGCCAUGCCAAAAACUUUGUCAUGUCAGUGACGGUGGAUGCCCAGGUCUUCCAGGGUUCCGGUCGGAACAAGAGACUUGCCAAGGCUCGGGCGGCCCAGGCUGCUCUGUCUGCUCUCUUUAACCUGCAGCUUGACCAGGCACCAUCUCAACAGCCCAUUCCCAGAGAAGGACUGCAGCUUCACCUGCCACAGGUCUUGGCAGACGCUGUUUCUCAUUUGGUGAUUGAUAAGUUCAGCCAACUGACGGAUAAAUUCACAUCCCCACACGCUCGGAGGAAAGUCUUGGCAGGAGUUGUCAUGACAACAGGUUCUGAUGUGAAGGAGGCUCAGGUCAUCUGUGUGUCCACAGGGACAAAGUGCAUCAACGGUGAAUACAUCAGCGAUCACGGUUUGGCUCUCAACGACUGCCACGCUGAGAUCGUAGCUCGGCGCUCUCUGGUCAGGUUUCUGUACUCGCAGCUCGAGUGUUUCCUCAGCAACAACGAAGAAGAGCYUCAGAGAUCCAUCUUCACCAAGCGCAACGACAAAAAUGGCUACACACUGAAGGAAAAUGUCCAGUUCCACCUUUACAUCAGCACCUCCCCCUGCGGAGACGCCCGCAUUUUCUCCCCUCAUGAAGCGGGAACAGAAGAUCAAGGAGACAAACACCCGAACAGAAAGGCCCGAGGACAGCUGCGUACUAAAAUCGAGUCGGGGGAAGGGACCAUACCAGUGCGCUCCAGUAACACCAUUCAGACGUGGGAUGGGGUCCUUCAGGGUGAGAGGCUGCUUACCAUGUCGUGUAGCGACAAAAUUGCCAGGUGGAAUGUGGUUGGAUUCCAAGGAUCUUUGCUGAGCUACUUCUCCGAGCCCAUUUACUUCUCCAGCAUCAUCCUGGGCAGCCUGUACCACGCAGACCACCUMUCCAGAGCCAUGUACCAGAGGAUCACAGAGAUCGAGGCUCUACCUCAGUCCUUUAGUCUGAACAGACCACUGCUCAGUGCUGUCCUCCAGCUUGCGGAUCCAGUCGGUGCAGCCCAGCAGCUACCACGAGGCCAAGCAGGCAGCAGUGGAGUACCAUUCUGCCAAGCAGACCCUCUUCAAAGCCUUCCACAAGGCGGGACUCGGUGCCUGGGUGAAGAAGCCUAUAGAGCAGGACCAGUUUUCACUCAACACCUGACAUAAAAGUUAUUCUGGAGCUUCGGGGAACUUUAACUGUUGCUUCUCCUUUCAGCAGAAGAAURGUUGAUGGAAGAGCAAAUAACAAAUUUACAAGCCUAUGAAUUGCACCUUAUUUUUUACAUCCUACUUCCUUUAAGCUACCAUUUCCUUUGGAAAAAAAAGCUCCUUAUUCAAUUUGCUGUGCAUUUUUUUAAAACAAGCAAAAAACAAAACAACAAACAAUGAGGUAAGAAUAGAAACAGCCAGCAGUAGGCACAGUUCCACUAAUCUGCUGACAGCUAACAGCACAACUAACUUUGGCUGUGUCCAAAACGGUGGGCCGGGUCCUCCGAAGAUCGAAUUUGUCGGCCGCAUACAUCACAGCG